AUGAUUUCCAAAAACCUUUUCUUCCUCACAUUGCUAUUCCCUGCCGCAUUUGCAGCUCCAAUUGGCGACUCUUCCAACAACGAAGGGCUUGUCAAGCGAGCUGGCGGCAGUCGCAAUGAUCCGGUUCACGCAACCUUCGACAUUACAGGUUGGGAAGAUAUAGCCGAAGAGAACUGCUACGCAAUGCUUUGCAUUAGGAACGGGGAUCGGGUGUACCAACGAGUCGCCACGGAAACUGCAAGUGAUCUCAACUACAGACAGUCAGGAGCAGCAUUCCACCCAUUCUACGAGUCACAACUGGGAAGUCGGCACACUGAGCAGAUCAAUGCCGAUACCACCAGUGCGGAAGAGUUCCCCUGGAAGAGUACACAACAAGGGGGUGAAAACGGCUACGUGUUCCCAGCAACAAUUGAACAGCAACGGGUCCAAGGUGCAGCAAUCGGUCAUGGUUAUGCCGGUGUCGUCAACUUUAACGAGUGGUUCAGCAUAACCUUUACGGGAGCUGGAAUGGGCGACUACUGCCGAGCUCUUUUUUCCAACCCGCCGGACACGAGCAUCUGCAAGAAGAAAGACCACAAGCAAGCACUAUUUGGUACUCCGAACGUAAAUAUCUCCAAUCGGGCCUACCAGGUGGUCAAGACCGGGAAAACGCCCUAUGCCUUCAAGCACGUUAGUGGUGAUUAUGACGGCAAAAUAACGAAGCGAGGUGAAACCAGCGAGACGCCAGAGGAAGCUGGGAGCGAGAAGACUGGUCCCAGUGAGGACAGUGUUACCAAGCAAGGUGCAACUUUGUAA